AUGACGAGCACCAACGAGCCAACCCAUCUUGACAAGGCUCAGCCCCAUCCCCCACCAGAGAGCUGCGACUGGCGUCCUGACAGCCCCGAACCCGUCGAGGACGACCUUGGCCAAGAGUGCCUCGAGAACCAGAAACCCGCUGAGCAUUGCGAGUGGCUGCCUGACCCGCCCGAGGGUGAGAUCGACGAGAUUGGGCCGCACUGGCUGCCAGUACAAGAGGCGCUUCCGACCUCUGUUGCUGGCGAGCAGAGCAACGGGAAGCCCCAAACGGAAGAGAUCUCGCCAACCUCAUCUCCGCAUGUUGACAAAGCAGUUCUCCUGCUUCCGGAGCCAGAGCCAGACUUUAAUGUCCUCGAGAGUGAGCAACCACGCCGAAAGCAGACUCCCGCAGAGCGGGACAGGGAGAAGAGGCAGAAGGCCGAGCUUAAGCAAAUGCAUGCGAGGACGCAAGCACACAUCAAUGCCGGACGCGAAAAGGCAAAGAAGGAAACCAAGGAAAUGGAGAAGCGAGAGAGAAAAGAGCGGGAGCAAAGAAGGAGUCAAGAAAGCCUCGAGAAGAAAUUGAAACGCAAAGAGCAGAAAGAAGCUGCCCGCCACCAAAAGGCUAUCCUGCGGGAACACAAGAAGCAUGAACGCCAUGAAAGGAAAGUUCGUGAACACCGCGAAAAGGAGAGGAAGAACAACCACGUUGGGGGCCUCGAUGCUGCGCAGGAUGUUAUGCUGCCGGGGAUCACCGCGGCAGUGCCGGUUUAUGAGGAACAUCCACUUACACGGGAUGUAGAAGAACAUGCCCUGGAUGGACCCAGGGAUCAAGUCGACGAAGACGUCAGCCCCAGCGGAGGCACACGGAGAUUGUUUGGAGGUGGUGAUAUGGCCUCCUGGACUCCGGGUUUCAUCCGCAUGAUCCAUGCCGAAGAGCUGGGCCUUUCGUGUACAUGCGCUCAAGAGGACGUUCGAGUGUACGCUGGUCUCGAGUCUUUGCCAUUCUCGCCGCCAUCGUCGCCUGCUCGUGCAGAGAGCUGCCUAGGGACACUGGCAACUCGCCCGCGCUGCAAGAUUACGCCACAGAACAGUUGGUAA